AAAUCUAAACUACUUCCGGUCAAGAAAGCACAUGUCUGAACAUUUCCAGUUAAAAUGCGAAAUCCAUGAAAUUUGAAGUUCCAAAACGGAAAGGAGUAAUUCUGAAUAUAUAUAUCAGGGAGAUGUAAACAAACACCACAAUGGCGAAAAAGAAGAAAAAUAUAUCUGACAAAGUGAGAAAUAAGCAGAAGCCUUCUGCUAAAAAGAUAAACCCUUUUGAAGUGAAGAUCAACAGGGUGAAACAUGACGUGUUGGGGAGGAAAAUAUCCAAGCAUGACAAGGGCAUGCCAGGCUUGUCUCGGUCAAAAGCCAUAAAGAAGAGAGAACAGACACUCUCACAUGAGUAUGAUCAGAGGUUGAAAAGCAACAAAUUUGUGGACAAGCGAUUUGGAGAGAAUGAUACCAAUAUGAAUGUGGAAGAAAAAAUGAUGAAAAGAUUUGCUCUGGAGAGAUCGCAUGACAAAUCUAAAAAGUUUAGUCUGAAUGAUGAAGAUGAAGAUCUAACUCAUUAUGGCCAGUCAUUGUCAGAGAUAGAGAAAUUUGAAGAUCCUGUUGUCAGUGACGAUGAGAACGAUGAGGACAGGGGGAAAAUAAGUGGUAAAAUGGUAUCUGAGGAGCACUUUGGAGGAUUUAUGACAGAAACUCAAGACAAUCCAGCUGACCAAAACCAUAAAUCAUGGAAGGAAAAAAUGGAAGAAGUGAUUGCAAAAUCAAAAAAGGAAAAGCAUGACAGACAGAUGGAAAAGGAGAAAACAUUGGCGCUGACGGAAAAGCUUGACUCUGAGUUCAAAGAGUUGAUGAUGCUGAUGUCCAAAUCCAAGAAAUCUAAAGACGAUCCUGAGGAGAAAACAAAAGCAGAUGACUACGAUAUGGCUGUCAGAGAGCUGAAGUUUGAGUCUAAAGGAGAGGCAACAGACAGAUUGAAAACUGAAGAAGAACUUGCAAGGGAAGAAAAAGAACGACUUGACAAAUUAGAGGAGGACAGAUUACGGAGAAUGAGAGGUGAAGGAGAUAACGACGAACAACCCAAGAGAGUUCAUUUCUCCGCAGACGACCUCAGUGAUGGUUAUGCCUUGGACACUUCUAUCAAAGAAAGAUUUCAUAUGAGCUACAAAGAUGGAAAGUUACUGAUGCCAGAAGAAGAUGGUGAAAGUAAAUCUGGUGAUGAUGCUGAUGAUGAUGACAAUGACGAUAACAGUAAUGAGGAUGAGGAAGACGACGGUGAUAUGGAUGAUGAGGAGGAUAAUGAAGAAGAAGAAAACAAGGAAGAAGAAGAUUCUGAAGAAGAUGAUGAUGAUGACAGUGAUAAUGAUAGUUACAAGGACAUCCAAUCAGAUGUAGAAGAGGAAGAAAUGGACACAGAAGAAAGUAAAGCUGAGUCUGUGAAGAAACCCACUGCCAAGAUUGACCUGAAGAAAAAGAAAGAAAUAAUGGAUGCUGCUAGAAAAGAACUGCCGUAUAUAUUUGAAAUCCCUGCUGUAUAUGAUGACCUUGUGGCACUGUUACAAGACCACACAGCGGCUGACCAACUGACCAUCAUAGAGCGAAUCUGCAAGUGUCACCACCCAAGUCUGGCUGAUGGAAACAAACACAAGCUUGAGGUAUUCCUGGGCACUCUAGUCCAGUACUACACAGAUCUGGCCCUCCAAGACCCACCACAGCUCGACCUGAUUGAUAAGCUGACAAUACUCAUCUAUAAACUCGUCCAAAUGUCCCCAGUGCCCACAGCCAACCUUAUUCUAGACCAGAUAAAAGACCGUCAAGAGGAAUUCCGUCAGAUUUGUCUUAGAAAGGCCGGGCGGGGUCUUUACCCAGCCUUGGACACUUUACUGCUGUUGAAGCUUGUGCCAAUAUUGUUUCCAACGUCGGACUUCCGCCACUCUGUGACGACACCGGCCAUCAUCUUCACCACUCAGAUGCUUGCACAGUGUCCUGUUAACCAUGAACGGGACAUAGCAGCUGGCCUGUUCCUGUGUAAUCUGUGUUUGGAGUUUGUGUCGCUGUCAAAGAGAUUUAUUCCCGAGGUUGUGAACUUCCUUCAUGGACUCCUGUUUCUCAUCAUACCCAAAGAGGACAACAAAUACGAGCGUGUGAUGCCUCCGUUCAAGCCCGUCGGGAGUAGUAUUAACCUGCUUCAGUUGGACACCAAACACAGGUCCUUUGAAUUUAGUCCAAUGAAAAUGAGUGAGGUCCUCAACACUGAAAUGGAGCUUGAUUCGCUGCGUCAUGACAGAUUCCGGUUGCAGGCAACUCAUAGCUGUGUGAUAUUAAUCGGCGAGUUCUCCUCACUUUACAAGGAUCUGCAAACAGUCAGGGAGGUUUUCUCCCCAAUCCUCUACAUGUUCAAAAAAAUAGACUUCAACCAGUACCCAAGUACUCUCAAAGAGAUGAUGGAAAUGGUGGUCGAGGAGAUCAGUCACCAUAGCAACAAGACACGUAAACCUCUACUGAUGAACAGAAAGAAACCCCAGGCGAUGAGGACAUUUGAACCUUUGGUGGAGGAGGUGUUUGAUGAAAGAAAAAUUAAAAAUAGGUCGUCAUCCAAAGAAUUGAAUGAAAAACAGAAGUUGUUACACAAAUACAAAAAAGAAAUGAAGGGUGCCAUGAGGGAGAUAAGAAAAGACAACCAGUUCCUUGCUAGAAAACAGCUCAAGGACCAAAUGGAGAGAGAUGAGGAGCGGCAGGGUAAGGUUCGAAGAAUUCACCAGAUGCUUGCUACACAGGAGGGUGAAUUCAAUGCCAUGAAGAAGGCUAAACCGUCCUGAUAUCAUAAUGUUGUGUCUGCCUAAAGAUUGACAGAAGUAUCUCAUCAAUAGUUUGUAAGGAAUGUCAGUUCCUUUGUAAUGUGACAAAAUGGAAACAGAACAAAGCAAAUAGUAUACAGAAAAUGACUGAUCCUGUCAAUCUUGUUUUUCAAGUCGAGUAUAGACAGAUACCUCUGUGCAGCUUAAUAGACUAUUGACAACCAUGGCUUCAAUGUUGUCAGGUUUUAUAUGGUAAAGGUUUCUGGUGUCAAAACAGUUGUCAGGAUUUAUAUGGUAAAGGUUUCUGGAGUCAUAACAGUUCAAACAAUGAGACUAUCAUGCAAGACAAGGAUGUUUUUAUUGAUGAUAAUGCUGUCGCAGGUAUACGGAUAAUCCUGUAAUACAUCACUUCAGGGGAAGUUUGUACUGGGUAUGUGAUAGGUAGGCGUAGGUAUGAUAGAAAUGGUGAGCCUGAGGAAGGGAAGGAGGAAGUAUAGAAUGUGUGUAAACUAUAGUGCUGAUGGAAGUGUAAGUGAACUAGGUGUGAAAACUACAGUUUUGAAUGUAAGUGUAACUGUAAUUUUACGGUAUGAGUGAUAAAUAUUGUAAAUAUACAAUAACGUUUGUAUGUGCGAAUUGUAUUUGGAAUGUUUGCGGCAUCAGACCCUUCACUGUGAUAAUAUAUAAAAAAGACAUCAGUUAAUGGGUUCUAGAAAAGAAAAAGAAAUGAAAUAAACCAGAAUGAAUAUUCUACAAACAUUCUUAAUGUUGUCAUUUCUCGAAUUAGGGAAGGGUUGGGCAAAAGAGAGAAAGAUGUUUAUAUUAUGCUCUGCAAAUCAGCUGUUGAAUUAAGCAGUUAACUCAUUCACCCCUAAAGACACAUUUGAAUUCUCCCAAUUCAAAGGGUGGAAUAGCUCAUGCAAUUUCAG